UACAGUUGCCAACACAUAUCAGUGGUUGGCCUUUGUGAAGACAACAUGCUUGUGGUGUUUGGACUCCUGGUGAUGUUAACCGGACUCGCUAAUGGCAUGAAGGAGAAAUCCUGUGAUGCUAGACAGAACAUGUCAUGUCACGGAAUUCUGGGAGAAACUGUAUAUCUUCAGCUGAUGAAUAACGCCACGGGGUCUGAACUCAAAUUCAAGAAAGUCCGCACUAGUGUUAUUAUAGAGAUAUUCAAAAAGAAAAACAACACAGUGAUAAUCCAUGACUCCAUUAAAGCUAGAUCAGAGUUCUUUAUCAACAACGGGACAUUUAGGAUAGCGAACACAGAAUGGAAUGAUUCUGGUGAAUAUCUCUUAGAAAUCUAUAAUUCAAGUGGAAUAUAUUUGAGCACCAGAAGAGUACAACUGAUAAUUGGAGGAAGAUCCGAUUGGCCUAUCAUUGCGUCACUAGUAGCUGUGGUCCUGGUCCUUACAGUGGUGGUGGGAGCUUACUGUAUUCACAAGAGGGGGACACCUCCACAGGCUCCAGUCCCCACAGAUGCUGAUGAGAGUCCAGAAUUGGAAUAUGCUGACGUCACUAUUCUAAAGAAGAUGGAUAAACCCCCAGAGGUUCCAGAGGAGGUGAAGUAUGGACAGGUUGUAGUGUUGGAGGGUCCCAGACAAACCAAAGAGAGAGACAGACCUGAGACCAUAGUCAGUGUACUGGUGACUGAUGACAUGGGAUAUGAUGAACUCAAAUCUCCAGUGUCCUCUCCUCAGCUGUCCUCUGAGUGUCUGUCCCAUGGAGAGAUGAGGGUGUCCUGCUCCUCUGAGGGGAACGGUCCCCAGUACAGCAGGACUCUGGAUGGACACACAGUGAGAGACACUGAGGCCUCUUCUGAUAACGAGACAAACACCAUCACUCUGAAGAAAGGCCUGUCUGGAGAUCUCACCUGUAUCAUCAGAAACAACAUCAGCAGUGUUGCAGUCAGCAAGAGAAUCUCACACUGUCCAGUUUGA